AUGGUAUCUAAUAUUGGUUCUGUUAAUUCAUUAAAUUUCUUCACAGAUAUGUUCGAUCCGCAAUCACUGACUAGGACCUUGAACCUGAAUCUGAUGGAUUUAGGGAUGGGGACUGGAAAAAGGGAAUGGAUUGAUGGAAGAACGAGGGGAGGAUGGGAUCUGACGGAUUUAGGGACGGGGGCUGGUGGAACAAGGGGAGGUUGGGAUGUGAUAGAAGAAGAGAAAGGGCUCUACAUAAGGAUCGACAUGCCUGGCGUAGGGAAGGAAGACGUGAAGGUUUCGGUGGAAGAGAAUACGAUGACCAUCACAGGAGAAGGAGACAAAGAAUCUGGGUACAGAGAAAGUGGAAGAAGGGGAAGAAGGUAUUACAACACGAUCGUUAUUCCUAUGAAGCUCUUCAAGAUGGAUCAGAUCAAGGCAGAGAUGAAGAAUGGAGUGCUCACGAUUGUUAUUCUCAAAGUGAAAGAGGAGGAGAGUAAGGACAUCCACCAUGUCCAGAUCGAGUGCUCUUGA